AUGACUCGUUCCUCUGUUCUAGCUGACGCUUUAAAUGCCAUUAACAACGCUGAAAAGACCGGUAAGCGUCAAGUCAUGAUAAGACCAUCUUCCAAAGUCAUUAUUAAAUUCUUACAAGUUAUGCAAAAGCAUGGUUACAUUGGUGAAUUUGAAUAUAUUGAUGAUCAUAGAUCAGGUAAGAUAGUGAUUCAAUUAAACGGUAGAUUAAAUAAAUGUGGUGUCAUUUCACCAAGAUUUAACGUCAAGAUUAAUGAUAUUGAAAAAUGGACAGCUAAUUUAUUACCAGCUAGACAAUUUGGUUUCGUUAUCUUGACUACAUCUGCUGGUAUCAUGGAUCAUGAAGAAGCUAGAAGAAAGCAUGUCUCUGGUAAGAUCUUAGGUUUCGUCUAUUAA